CGGAAGCGAAUGUAAGGCCAACAUGGCGUUAGCGGUGCUGUCGCAGAGGACGCGGACAGCUGUUACAGCCCUGCUGAGCCCCCCUCAGGCCACAGCUCUUGCUGUCAGAUAUGCGUCCAAAAAGACAGGCGGCAGCUCUAAGAACCUCGGUGGGAAGUCACCAGGCAAACGCUUUGGCCUCAAGAAAAUGGAGGGUCACUAUGUUCAUGCUGGCAACAUCCUUGCGACUCAGCGCCACUUCCGCUGGCACCCAGGUGCCCAUGUGGGGCUGGGGAAGAAGAAGUACCUGUAUGCUCUGGAGGAGGGGAUAGUCCGCUACACUAAGGAGGUCUACGUGCCCAGUCCCAGCCACUCGGAGGCUGUGGAUCUGGUCACCAGGCUGCCCGAGGGGGCUGUGCUCUACAAGACUUUUGUCCACGUGGUUCCUGCCAAGCCUGAGGGCACCUUCAAACUGGUAGCUAUGCUUUGACCUCCUGGUCGAGGCCUUUGGACAGAGACUGGAGCCCAGGUGACAGGAGAGGGUGGUACCAGACGUCAUCAAGGGUCGGAGUGACGACAAGGCCUCCCAAGGAAGAAGUCUGCUUGGUGGUGACUGCAGGAGACUGUGCAGUGACUGGCUGGGAAGCCCUUUGGGAGACCUGACCUGGGGCCAAAAAUAAAGUUAGCUGGAGUCGUGA